CUGUCGACUUGCCGCUUGUGUCAGUGACCAGUCACCAGUGUGAGAUUUACUUGAAAAAAUAAUAAAUUUAAGCCGUGUGCUUUUAAAAAAUUAUAAAGUAUUUAUUGCCGACUUUGUUGUGUCUGCUUAUAAAGAUCAUGUUUUUUUAAAUUACUUUAAAUUUUUAACACAAUGAUUAGUUGUAAAUUUAUUUUGUGCGUUCGUUUCUUAAUUUUAAUAACAUGCGCUGAAAGACUGCAGGCUUCGUCCCACUGGAUGGUUACUGAAAGCGGAUUAAUUCAGCCCAGGCUGGAUUCUCCAUUUGAAAUGGCUCGACCUUAUGACUUCUUAUCAUUUUUAAAACAAGAAACUCGUUGGGAUGAAAUUAUUAAGAUGCACCAUGAGUUAUCAAAAAAGCAAAAAUUUCUUGAUGACCUCUGGACAGAUAUUGAAAAAGAUACAGAUUUAGGUGUUGAUGUUGGAAAGGAUGAAAAUUGCAUGAGGGCAGGCCCUCUUAACAUGAUUGAUUGGUAUCAUACACCUUUAGAAGAUGGUACCAUAAAAAAUAUUGCAGAAGAAGAAUUUUUGCUCCCAAGCAGUUAUGGGCCAAGUAUUGAUGUACCUGAUUGUAAAAAGAUAUCAUCCCUGACCUUCAGUAUGUUUACUUUUGAACAUUUGAGUAGUAUGAUAAAAAGAACAAAUAUUUCAAUUACACCAGAGUACCCUUCACUGGAUAUUAUAUCACCUGCAGCAUCUGUUGAGCAAUUUGGGCAUUGGUUAGCAGGUGCCUUAAGAAAAAAUAGUUCAUCGUGGCUGCACUAUAACUUAGCAGCUUUAUUUUGGAGAAUAAAAGGAAAUGCACCGAAAGCUUUAGAGUGCUGCCGUCGAGCAGUGCAUUAUGCACCAAGACAAUAUAAAGAUAUAGCCUUAUUAAACUUAGGAUCUCUGCUGUAUCGUGCCAAAAAGUAUGCUGAUGCUAUAACAAUAUUAAAUGGUGCCCUCGACCAUGAUUCCCACAACUCUAUCGCACAUUUUGUGCUUGGGAAUAUUUAUACGUAUUUGGGUGAAUUUAAUAUAUCACUUGCUCACUAUAAAGUGUCCUUGGGAAUUAAUCCAAAGAUGGAUAUAGCUAAGAAACACAAAUAUGCAACAUUAUGUCAUGUACAUUUGGGUGGAAGAAUACGGAAUUUAAAAGUUAAAAUAGAUAAACUGCGCGAAGGGUUGAGUGAAUAUAUUCUUAAAGAAUCAAUGUGGAUUAAAACGCAGAGCGAAUUUUUAAAGACGAUGAAACCAAUUGAUGGAUACGACUAUAAAAACGUAGAAAAGAACUGCGCAAAGAUGUCAGAAUUGACAGGACUCAGGAUCAGUGAAGUAAAAAUGUUGGGUGAUAGAUACUCUUUGAUAAAAUACUUUUUUGAUGGUCCGAUAUACAAUGAUAGGUUAAUGGAAGUGACCGGUACUGCCAAUUUGGACGCUAUUUACACGUUGCAAAGGAUCGUAAGUCAUAUACAGAGACAUGCCAAUAUGGCGGACAUAUUAGUGCAUUUCAAUAAGGACGAACCGAUUGAAGACCAAACUGCUAAGCCCGAACAAAUUGCACAGAGUGAAGAAGUCCAAUCGGAUGUUGAAAAGAAAACUCAAACGAGUGAUCAAUUCUCUGAAUUUGAAAGUGGCAUAUUUUUAUACCCACCAACACUAAAAAUAAACAGAAAUGUCGAAGAUUUUGACAAAGACGCAAAUUGGCCGUCAGAUGCAAUGUGUGCACAGGCAUUGCAUACGUUUCCCGAUAAUAUGGAGGCGAUGUACCCGGUGUUCUUGCCAUUGGAGAAUAAAGGAAUAAGAGUGAAGACACUUCUUACUGACAAGAUCGGAGUUCCUCUUGACGAAGAGCAUGAGUUGCCGUGGCAUCCGCCCGUCUGCCCCACUGAUAAGGAAGGAAGGAAAUCUUUUAAGCAACAAUUAAUAACUGAAGUCGUCGAAUCGGAUAUUCUAAGACAGAAGUUGCUAGAAUAUGUUGGCGAUGGAGAUAUAGAGAAAGCGGAACAUAUGCAAGAUGCUGAAAUUGGGCACCGAAUAUAUGUAGCAAUGAAGACGAAAUCAGCCCCAAAAUGGAUAACUCAAGUUUUAGCGUCUCUCUAUUGGCGUGUUCGGGGUAAUAGGGUGAACGCCCUGCAUUGCCUUCAAGCGGCGAAUAAAGUUGUCCCCCCGAAGUACAAAGAAGUGGUUUUGGUGUCUUUGGGCUCCGUACUUAUUGAGAUGGGAUGCUUCGAGGAGGCAGUGGCAGCCACCGAAGAAGCCUUUAGGUUGAAUUUGUAUGAGCCAGCAACAAAUUUCCUCUUAGGCGAACUAAACAUGAUAAAGCGGCACAGAUGGACACACAUGUUCCACCUACAACAAGUUGUGCGAGUGGAGCCGGGGUUCAUGAAUGGUCUGGCGAAGAAUCUCCUAAAUGCGUGGGCCUGCAUCAUGAAGGAAGUCAACAAGUUUCAAGAGAUGGAUUUCAUAGAAGGAGACAUCUGUACACAAGUGGAGCCAGGAAUGAAUAUGGUGUGUGAGAAGGGAGGAGAAAAUUGUCAUAUGACUAACAUCCAGUGCUUCAGUAGUCAGGAUAGAUCGGAUACGAGCAUGAUAAUGAAGCUUCUAGAACAACAUGAUAAGACGUAUCAAUCAAAGGAUAUGAUGAGCGAUGACUUCUUCAAUUUCGUGAUACAGAGAAUGCCUAGCGAUAGAACGGACAGGCUUGCGCAUCAAGCGAACUACGAUCAUAUGAUGAAGGCAGUAGAGACGGUUUUGCAUGGAUGUGGGCCUUUGGGGUGUAAGAGUCUGCAACCCGCUGAUUUAGCGCUUACAGAAGAAGAAUGUUCGCAUCAUUAUAUACAACUUGGAUAUUGGCUGCACAUUGUCAGUUUUAAACAACUCUUUUCUGAUACAAAUAUACGAAUACCGUCAGACAUUAUAACAAUGAAUCCGUCGAAUAAGAAAAUACCGGAAUGCAAGGUGGUAUCCGAGCCAUUGGAAGAUUUUUACUAUGAGAGACUUAGUCGCAUCGAUACAGAAGGCUGGCAACCCAUCAUGACACUGACUCAUCAGUUUGCUGAACUGUUCAACUACUUUGACUAUGUUACAUUGGGAGCUAAGAUCGCUAAAUACGUGGAAGCUCGUCCGUCGUCGUGGGUGGCGGCACUAAGCGCUAGUUGGUGGUGCGGGGCAGGCGGACACGGCGCCUGCGCAGUACGCUGCGCGGCCGCCGCUCACUCACUCGCACCGCAGCAUUAUGCCUCAUACCCCCUUCGGGCAUUGGUCGCCUUGUUGCAUAUGCAUUCCAAAGGAAAAGACGCCAAGGACGUGGCCUAUCUCUCCUUCUAUGGAUCACCAAAGAGCAAAAUCGAAGCAUUUUUAGUCGCCAUCUCUCAUACAUAUCUUGAAGAAUUCGAUCAAGCAGUGUGGAUGUAUCGCUACUCCCUGGUAUUUGACGAACAAUUUAAACCUGCCAAAGCCUGUCUCCACGCUACCAUGUGUCUUAUGUUAAUUCCGGAACCAAAUAAGGGUAUAAAAAAUAAAUGAGGGUAAAACACGUUUUUAUAAAUACUAUAAACCUUUAAUAUCUAAUUAAUGUCCUAAUUACUUUAUGAGCCAAUUGAGGCUUAUACUUAAGAAUAACUUCUGAGAGUCGUUACUCAUAUACGAAUUUUAAUGCUCAAUUAGUUAACGUCUAAUUUGGAGUUAAUGGUUUAAUUUGGCUUCAGAUCUGAUCUUUACUAACUUAAGUAACAGUUGACUUCCAAUGAAUGACCAAGAUUAAAAGUUGCUCAUGUAUGUAUGUCUAAAAUAAAUGUCCGAAAUUUGAAAUUUUAACAAAAAUGUAUAAUUAAACUGUGAAUCUUGGCCUUAGAAACUUGAACUAAUAGACACGUACGUAGAACACGUACGUAACUAACGUACAAGAUCUGGACAGGGUUCAGCGAAAAAUUCUUACCUUCCAUACAGAAUUUGCAAAAUGGAUUUGUAUUAACAACUCAAUAUGGUUGAUUGGUUGUCCCUGUUUGCAAUAAAACAAAACAACAAACAGUGUUAAGUCUUUCUGAAGUUGGAAUGUAUUAAUGCCAUUAUUUUAAAACACUCAAUUAUUUAAUUACAGGUCUUAUUAGUAAUUUGAUUCUGUUUAGACGGAAGAACACUUGUUUAUUGGUAUUUUAAUAAAACGAUCAUAUUACUAUAAAAAGUAUCAAAAUGAUUUGUUCCAAGCAGGUGCGAUGUUAGAAUUAUGUCAUACCAUUGGGUAAUUAACUUAUUGUCUGCAUGUGUUUUGCUCAAAUUCGUAACAUAACAUUUUUACGACGAUUAUAAUCGAAUAAUGUAUACGCGUAUUAUGAAUAUUUAUAGAUAUACAGUCUAAACUUUAUAUAGAGAACAUUGCAUUUGUCAAAGAAAUGUUAUUUUGUAUGAACAAAAGGCAAACUGAUCAAAUAUUUUUUUUACUUUGAUGUUAAACGAAAUGACGUUAUAUAGAGUUUAAGCUGUUUUUUAUACACAAAGGAUUCAUUGUUAUCUGUAUGUUCAGUAAAGAGGUUAAAUCAGAGAGUUAAUUAAAUCUCUAGAAAGUUCAUUAAAGAUCGAUAUACAAAGACCACAAUUUGGAACAAAAAUCCACUCAUACUAACAAACCAACGUUUGCCAAAAGAAAGACUCUAAAAGUAAUCAGCUGUUGUCGUGACCGCCAUCUUGUUUUACAUUAUUAAUCAACUCGCUGGCUUUCAGUCAGACAGAUAGAUAAACGUUUUCGACGCUGCUUUAUUUAAAUCAAAAUGCUAGCGACUUUAUUUAUAUUAUUUUAAUUAAAUGUCUAAAGAUUCAAUUAACUCUCUCAUUUCACAACUUUACUGCGACAAUUAUAUUAAACCUAGUUGUGUUAUAUGGGGAAUCGAAUUUAAGAUUUAAAGACAAAUCUAUUAACUUUGAACCCGUUUUGUUACGAAUUUGUAUCGAUUUUGUAUUAUUUAAUUGACCUGAAGUACAAUUUUAUAUGUUUAUUAUUAUGUCCUUAGACCAAUGAGAAGAUAUUUAUUACCUCCACACAGGUUCCAAUAUUUUUAAUAUUUUCAUUAUUUUAGAUUAAAGAUUUCAGUACGCCAUUUAUUAAUACUGGACUAUAUUAAACCUUCAUCUAGGUUCUCUCUAUCAGUUUUAGGUUAACUGGUAGCCUGUUUUGGCGAAAAAAAUAUUGACGUCCUUGUCACAUUCUGUAGCUAUGAGAGGGAUAGCGUUUAGGGUUUGAUAUCAACGAAAAAUGACAAUGACCAUUCCAAUUAUAUUUAAGUGUAUAUGUAAUACAUAUGUUAAUCUUAAGAUGUUAAUAAAGGCAUUUCGAAUUA